GUCCCCCACCACCAAAAAUUGAACGAGUGUUGAACCUAUGUAUACGAUCGUGGUUGACGGUUGAUAUUAAUCUGUUUUCACAUUUAUUUUACUUUCAUUAUUAACAUGAACUUACAUUUUUCAAUAAUCCAUUGCUAUAUUCAUACAUUGUUAACAGUAACAUACAAAUGCACGUUAUAUCUAUAAAUAACACUUAACGGUGAAAGAUAUAAAAAUUAUGAAUUUAAUUUUAUCCGCAUAAGUAACAUCGACCAAUCAAAGAGGUUUAUAUUAGACGUUAAAGCCAGUAAAAAGAAAAGUAUAAUUGUCGAAGUGGUAUUACCUUAAUGUCAAAUUUCAAUAUUUAUCGCAACUUCAUAGGUUGAUUUGAUUUCCUUAUCUCGUAUUGAUAAUUAGUCAUUUCCUGUAAAACAUUGAAGAAUGUUGGAAUGUAAGUGAUUCUUUGAGUCAACGAAAGUCGAUGGUAGUGUGUUAUUGAAAUUAUGAAAAUAUUUUUUAUUCAUACCGGUACAUAAAUUAGUUUUUUUUUUAUUGUUCAUUUACAUUUAUUUGUUGUUGUGGGCAAUGAAUCGAGAAAUCUUUCUUUUUAACGAUAUAUCACAAUAAUAUUUGGCUACACAAAGAAAGAAAUAAUGUUGAACAGUGUAACAAAACAUAUUUUACACUGUUGUUUACUACUUGUUGUUAUAAUCAUAUUUGAAUUGAUUACCGGAGGACUUAGUUGGAAUAAUAAUAAAAAGGAAACAUUUGAUCCAUGGAUUGAAUAUGGAUUUCUUGGCGCACUUAUAUUAUAUAUCCUGCGAACACUUACAUUUCUUUCCUUUCCGCAAGUUUUAUUUAACUUUGUAGGACUAAUGAUAUACAAUGCAUUCCCAGAUAAAGUUGUUUUAAAAGGUUCGCCAUUACUUGCACCAUUUAUUUGUAUUAGAAUAGUAACACGUGGAGAUUAUCCACAAUUAGUGAGAGCAAAUGUAAUAAGGAAUUUAAACAGAUGUCUAGAAACUGGUUUAGAAAACUUUCAAAUUGAAGUAGUUAGUGAUAAGCCAAUUGGAUUAAACCCUCAUAGAAGAAUCAGAGAGGUCGUUGUGCCACCAAACUAUCGUACAAGUAGUGGUGCUUUGUUCAAAGCUCGUGCUUUACAAUAUUGCUUAGAAAAUUCAGUCAAUGAGUUAGCAGAUAACGAUUGGAUUGUACAUCUUGAUGAAGAAACUUUACUGACUGAAAAUUCUGUUCGUGGGAUACUGAAUUUUGUACUGGAUGGAAAACAUCAAUUUGGCCAAGGGUUAAUAACAUAUGCAAAUGAAGAUGUUGUUAAUUGGAUUACUACCUUAGCAGACAGUUUUAGAGUAGCAGAUGACAUGGGAAAGUUACGAUUACAAUUUACAAUGUUUCAUAAACCUUUCUUUAGUAUGAAAGGUUCUUAUGUUGUUACUCAAAUGGGUGCAGAAAGACAAGUUUCCUUCAACAAUGGACUAGAUGGAUCUGUUGCAGAAGAUUGUUUUUUUGCAAUGAAAGCAUUUACCCAAGGGUAUACAUUUAAUUUUGUGGAUGGUGAAAUGUGGGAAAAGUCACCAUUUACAUUAUGGGACUUUGUACAACAAAGAAAGAGAUGGUUACAAGGUAUAUUACUUGUUGUACAUUCCAAAGCUAUUCCAUUAAAUAAAAAGCUGCUUCUAGGCAUAUCUUGUUACUCGUGGGUAACACUGCCGCUUUCUACUUCGAAUAUUGUAUUAGCUGGAAUUUAUCCCAUUACUUGCCCACCAUUUAUAGAUUUUCUAUGUGCUUUUAUUGGUGCGGUAAAUAUUUAUAUGUAUGUUUUUGGUGUAGUUAAAUCAUUUUCUUUAUACCGAUUUGGUAUUGCUCGAUUUAUACUAUGUAUAUGUGGGGCAUUAUCAACAAUUCCUUUUAAUUUGAUCAUAGAAAAUGUUGCCGUUAUAUGGGGUUUGUUCGGAACAAAACAUAAAUUUUAUGUAGUUAACAAAGAGUACAAACCACCAGUGACAGUAUAAGAAAGUAUUAAAAGAUUCCUUUCAGAUAGUAUCAUAUACUUACAGAAAUGUUUAUAUACACUUUCAGAAAUUCUUGUGUAUUUUAGAAGAAUAAUAUGAUUUUAUAUUUUAGAAUUUGAAA